AUGGUCGACUCGGGGCGUCAGCGCAACCCCGGCGUGCUGCAGGAGGACGGUGAGAACAAGCUGCACCAGUACUGGUCACAGUUCAAGUACAAAGCGCUUAGCCUCGUGUCCGAUGAACCGCCGCCUGACACAGCGCUCCUGACGGAGAUGCCGCCAGAGCAAGGAUACAUGGAGGAGCUCUCGGAGAUGACAGAUCUCACCUACACGCAGCGCAUAACCGGGUUCUUCAUGAUGAUGGGCAUGGGCAUCCUCUUCAUCCUCCUGGGCAUGGCAAUGUGGUUUCGGCCGAAGAAGUUCAGCUUCUUCAUGACAUGUGGGAACAUCUUCUGCAUGUGCUCCACCAUGUUCCUCGCCGGGUGCGCCCAGCAGCUGCGCACCAUGUUCGAGGCGAACCGGUUCGAAGCGGCGUGUCUGUAUGUCAUCUCCGUCGUUUUGACGUUGCUAAGCGCACUGUGGCUCCAGUCUAAACUGCUGUGCGUUUUCUUCGCACUCGUGCAGCUGGCGUGCAUCUUGUGGUACGCGCUGAGCUUCAUCCCCUACGCGCGUCAGGCGCUGAAGAUUGCACUCUCCUACGCUUCCAUGAUAUUCGGCCCGGUGGUGGGUGUCAUCGCAAAGGGCGUCAACAGUUGCAUCGGAGCCCUUCUCGGCUGA